UUAGAAGAAAUGGAUGAAGAAGAAGGUAUAAUAGAGGAGAGUGGGAGUACGUUCUUCCGAACAUUAUUCAACUUAACGAAUGCAACUGCAGGAAUCGGCAUAUUAUCAGUUCCUUAUGCACUCUCACAAGGAGGGUGGUUAGGCUUCAUCAGCUUAUUCGUCCUAGCAACGGUUUGUUGUUACACGGGAAUAUUAUUACAGAGAUGCACUAACGGAAAUGCACAGAUUAAAAGCUACUCAGAUGUUGGGGAGCGUGCCUUUGGACGCAAAGGAAGAAUAAUAACUAGCCUUUUUACGUAUCUUGAGUUAUAUUUGGUUGCGAUAGAAUUCCUAAUUCUUGAAGGUGAUAAUCUAAGUAAAGUACUUCCCAAAGCAGGCAUUGAAAUACUAGGCUGGAAUAUCAAAGGAAGAAAAGAACUCAUCAUGCUUGCUGGCAUUAUAGUUUUGCCAACAAUGUUUCUGAGGAAAUUAAGUCUACUAGCAUAUAUCUCUGCUGGUGGGGUUCUUGCUUCAAUUGCAGUGGUUGUUUCAGUGUUCUGUACAGGUGUAGAGAGCGUUGGAUUUCAUCAGAAAGGAAGGCUCUUCAAUUUUAGUGGAAUUCCAACAGCAAUCAGUAUAUAUGCCUUCUGCUAUGGUGGGCACGCGGUUUAUCCAACAAUCUAUGCUUCGAUGAGAAAUAAAAAUCGAUUCGCCUGUAUUUUGCUGUCGUGCUUUCUUCUUUGCACGAUUAACUACGGAACAAUGGCGGUAACAGGAUAUCUGAUGUUCGGAGAUGAUGUAAACGCUCAAGUGACAUUAAAUCUCCGUGCCAAGAUGGUUAGCUCAAAGAUUGCCUUAUACAUCACUUUGAUCAACCCCUUCACUAAAUACGCCCUGAUGGUUGCUCCAGUUGCAAUGGCAAUUGAAGAUAUGCCCCGGAUAAAUAACAGAAUCAUUAGCUCCCUUUUUAUCUUUUCUAUAAGAACUCUUUUAGUUAUUAGCACCGUCGUUGUAGCCUUAACAGUUCCAUUUUUCGGGUCUCUUAUGGCUUUUAUAGGGUCAUUUUUAAGUAGCAUGGUUUCGAUGGUGUUGCCAUGCUUGUAUUAUCUAAAGAUUUCAUCCGGUCGUGGUUGUAAACUAGAGUUGGUUCUUGUAUGUGGGAUUCUAGUAAUGGGAGUUUUGAUUGCAAUCACUGGCACUUACUCUUCAGUAAAACAAAUUGUAAAACAUUUGUGAAAAAUUAAGGGAUUUGAUAUAACUAUAUAUCCUUUAUAUAUUUUCCCUUCGUGAUUAGGUCAUUAUAUGGUUUUACCAUAUGUUUUGGAAUUUAAGGAAUAUAUAUUUAGUAGAAAAUGAAACCAAGCUGAAAUUUUCAAUAUAAAGAACCAAACAUGGAGGUAUGUGUGUUCAAUGCAUCAUUUGGCAUUGUGGAAAUGGCUAAAGAUGGUAGCCUCCCUCAUUGGAACUCUUGAAAUUUGGCCAUUUGGCCUCAUGCAUAGAAAUAUUGGGUUUACACAUGUAAAUCAACAUACACCAUGACUGUGGACCACCUUUGAUUAAGAUCUAUCGUUCCUUUGACAGAUCUGAUCUGAUAGGAUUGUCCAGGUACAGUGCAUCAAUGGC